AUGGCUACAGCGCUAGACAUGCAAGUCCUUUCAAAAGACGAUAAAGAUGCUACUAUGCACUUUCACUUUAUGAAACUGGCUAUCGAGCAGGCCAAGAUGUCAAUACCUGUCCAGUCUGGAUUUUGUGUAGGAGCUGUGCUUGUCCAAGAGACCUACCCUGACCCCAACUCGGACUUCCCACAGGAGGACCGAUUUCGCGUUGUGGCCACAGGAUUUUCAAGAGAGCUGGAAGGCAAUACGCAUGCAGAGGAAUGCUGUCUUUUGAAACUGGAGGCUUUGGAGGCUGCAGAACAAGAGAAAGAGAGAGAAUUGGAAUCAGAUGUUGGAGUAGGGGCAUCACCAGCGUCAUCACCAAUACCACCAUCAGGAUCCAAAUUCGCGUCGUCAUCAUCGCCCCCACUACCAUCACUAUCACCAGAGAUGGACAAGCAAUAUAAGUUACGUCAUCCACAUCCUCAACUCAAGAAAGAAUGGAUCAUGUAUACCACAAUGGAGCCGUGCGGCGCACGAUUAUCUGGCAACAAGCCAUGCUCCGAACGAUUAAUUGAAGCAGGGAUCCGUCGAGUCUAUGUCGGAGUUCGUGAACCACGUUCUUUUGUGAAAGAUCCUUGUGGUGUAGAAAAGAUGAUAGAAAAUGGAAUCACUGUGGUACAUAUUCCUGGACUGGAGGAGCAUUGUUUGGCACCCAAUCGACAUAUUUUGACGCUUUAA